AUGGCCGAGUCUCAGCUCCACUCACAAGCUGCUGAUUCAGGUCGCUCUCGCGUCUUCUUUGACAUUCAAAUCGGCAAGCAGCCGACUGGCCGCAUUGCCCUUGAACUGUUCAACGAUGUCGUCCCCAAAACGGCAGAGAACUUUCGCGCCCUCUGCACUGGAGAGAAGGGAAUGGGAAAGCAGGGAAAGCCAUUGCACUUCAAGGGUUCGAUCUUCCACCGUGUUAUCAAGCAAUUCAUGAUCCAGGGUGGUGAUUUCACUGCUUUCAAUGGCACUGGCGGCGAGUCGAUUUAUGGUGAAAAGUUCCCCGACGAGAACUUCGAGCUCAAGCAUGACCGCCCCUUCCUCCUUUCCAUGGCCAACUCCGGGCCCGGCACAAACGGCAGUCAAUUCUUCAUUACCACUGUUCCCACUCCUCAUCUUGACGGCAAGCACGUCGUCUUCGGUGAAGUCCUUAACGGCAAGAGCGUGGUCCGGAAGAUUGAGAAUAUGUCAACUCAGGCAGAUAAGCCUCAUAUCGAUGUGACUAUCGCGGAGUGUGGUGAACUUACCGGCGAGAACUACGACAAUGCGGACAAGCAGACACCCGACGCUACGGGCGACCCCUACGAGGAUUUCCCCGACGACCACCAGGGCGAGGAGCUCAAUGCUCCUGUAUGCUUCAAGAUCGCGUCAGAGUUGAAGAACUUCGGAAACACCGCCUUCAAGAGCGGCAACGCCGCCCUUGGUCUUGAAAAGUACCAGAAGGGCUUACGCUAUCUGAACGAAUUCCCUCAGCCGGAGGAGAACGACCCCAAGGAUUUGGCGCCUCAGAUGAAGUCCCUGCGUUUUACCCUCCACUCGAACUCUUCACUCCUCGCGAACAAACUGGGACAGUUCAAGAACGGUAAGACCUGGGCUACAUACGCCCUGGAUGUGGCCGACGAAGCUAGCGCCAAAGACGCCGACAAGGCCAAGGUCUACUAUCGCCGUGCCGUUGCCGAAAGCGGGCUCAAGGAAGAGGAUGGUGCCCUGAAGGAUUUGGAACAGGCUUCCAAACUCGCUCCUAGCGAUGCCGCCAUUGCAGCCGAGACUGCUAGAGUUAAGCAGGCUAUCAAGUCCCGGGAGGCUCGGGAGAAGGCUACUGCUCGGAAGUUCUUCUCAUAG